UCCCCCGUUCCACCAAAGCUCGAUCUGGCCGACGCUCAUUCCCAGCUCUACCAGACGCCCUCUACCACUUCUGCUUCAUCUUCCCUCUUCAAUACUAUUUCAACGAAUUCUCGCAAACGAUCCCGCACCGGAGGUUCCGAUAAACGCCGUUCUCUGUAUGACUUCUCCGCCGCUGCAGCUGCCGCUCACGAUGGUGACGAUCACCUCUACCGCUCUUCCUGGUUGGGUCGGGAUGAAAAUGUUUCUGGGAUAGAAUAUGAUCACUCAGAUAUCCGUGGAGAGCUACCUCUAGCACCUCCCAUCGAUGCCAGUGUCGAUCUUUUAUCCAGUCACACAGGGAACACCCGCAAGCGCAGUCGUCAGGAACAGCAGGAAGGAGCUCAGGACAAGGAUGUAACUCCAUCGCCUCUCCCGGCUAGCUGGGGUCAAUCUGUGAUGAAUGCCGUGGGAAAAGUGUGGAGCUUUUGCUGGUCGGGUGCGUUUCGUGGUUUCUAUGCUGGUGGUGGUCAUGGUUAUCACAUGUCUGCGGAUUCAGUGCCCCAGCUUGAUCACAGUCACAGGGCUCCUUCUCCCUCGCAGUCGGCGUCGACUGAAAAAACUGCUGUCGAUGAAGCGGUGGAAGGUACCCCUGCCUACUAUUUCAAAGGCGGAUCGACUCCCAUCCCCGGCCAGUAUCCCGACGACAACGAGAUUCACAAAAACUGGGUUGUGGUUCAGACUGACGGCCCGGCGGACUGUUUCUCCUUUGGUGUCGAGGCACUGAAUCCCGCAAAACGAGUGCAUCGUGUGUGCGGUGCUGAAGAUUUGUCUCCUACCCGUCACAGGUCGACUGCGGUGCCACGCGUGGGUAAAAGGACUUCUCUUGGCGGACCGACCACCCCCACACGAAUCCCAGUUCCAUCUUCCAAUAGCAAAUCCUCCAGCAAUAAAAAGCAUCGUGAUAGUCCCGUGUCGGCUGAGACGCAACGCUUCGUCGCGCAGAUGCGGCGUAUGGAGCGGGAGGAAGACGCAAAUCUGCGACGUCUGAAUCGACAGCUAGAGAUGAUGAUCCAAGAGGGCAAGCAGGCAUUGGGAGCCCGAUUCGAGGUCGAUGAACUGGGAAUGGAC